AUGGAAAACCAAACUUGUAUUGACAAAAAUCAAAGGUCUAAAUUCUUAAUGAAUGACACUACAAAUGAGUCUAGCAACAGCGAUUUUACACUUGGUAUUAAAGAAAUUAGUUUUACUGACCACCACAACACUGAUUUAGAAAGUUGGCAUUUACACGGAAAUUCUGAUAAUAAUGAAAAUAUACCUGAAAAUAAUGUCAAAAGAGACAGGGCUGUGACAAGACAAUAUUUUUUAAAAACAAGCGUGACAAAGACAUUGAUAGCUCAAGACAAGACCGAGACAAGAUCUUUGAAGAACAUGUCUUAA